CACUAGUUCGGCUAAAUAGACGUGCUACGAAAUGGAGCGAUAUCUCAAGGACGAACCGAAGAUGCACCCAUCCCUCAAGAAGCUUCCAGAUGUCGACGCGACGUGGUUAAAAAUGGAGGUGGAGUGUUUGGAGGACUUUGGCGAAAGGCAUUUGGACUCGUUAAGUACAAGUUCGGCAAGUUCGACGUAUUCGUGGGACAGUACGUUAUCGUGCGCUGUGUUAGUUAAGCAAGAACCGGUAGACGACGAGGAGGACGAUGAGGACACCUACGAGGAGAGGGUUAGGGUCGAUACCGCGGAUCCGUUACAGUUAAGGCUCGUCGAUAGGAAUUCCACAACGCUAACGCCACCUUCGAGUCCGGAAUCCGGGCAGGGCCAUAGCAACGGUAGUUCGAGUGCGGGCGAACUGGACGUUUUACGAAUGGGGGGUGUUCCACGAAAUACGAUUGUGCGAGUACGUGCAUCGGGACUUACCAGAUACAUUUCAGUGGUACCUCGGGCGGCGGCACCGUCGCCCGCAUCGCCGGCGGCGCCGACGGGCGCGAAACACGCAAGAAUCGACCAUUCCCCCGACUCGAAAAGGAGGAUACACAAGUGCCAAUUUCUCGGAUGUAAAAAGGUCUACACGAAAAGUUCGCAUCUUAAAGCACACCAAAGGACACAUACAGGUAGGACUACUCUGGACUCAUUUUGA